CUUGCUUUUUCUUUUUCUCUUUUUAUCUCUAAGGUUCUUUAAAAUCAUGGUGCUAGGAAUUCAAAAACUUGAAGACUAUAAAAAAGCUUUAUCGCAAAAAGAUGCUAUCCUUGAACCAAACAUAUACAACGAUGCCUUGGCCGAAUACAUUGCUGAAGGUGGUGCUCCUAUGGAUGCAGUAACUCUUUUAGCUGAAUCUUAUAUUGGAUCACCCUCCAUGUGUAAUAUCAUAGCUUCUUCGGCAGACUCCAUUGGUGUAGACAGUCAAACAGUAAUGCGUGAAGCGAUCAAACAAAAACUCAAGGAACGGUUCGAUCCAAAGCGUUGUGACGAUCUCUUGAUGCAAUCAGAGAAUCAAGUUGAUCCUGAAUGGCUUAGUACUAUUAUCAAGGCAGACUAUUGGAGAAAAACUAUAUACGAAUUACUGGAACAAUAUCCACGUUGUGCUUUUUUGAAUUUGGCUGUCAUGAGAAUCUCAGAAGCCGGCUACAGCGAAGAAAUUUCCAAUUUGCGAACAGCAUCUACAUAUAUUGAAGUAUACAACAGUAUUCUCGAUCACUCGUUUUCAAGUAUUGUGCCUGUAGAUGAUUUGGAAUUUGAAGAUCGACUUCCUGAUAUUGUGCGCGUUUGUUGUGAACGGGAGGAAACUUAUUUGUAUGCCCAAUUACUUUUACAAAAUCUUUAUGAAAACGAAGACAAGAUGCCAUUUAUUCGAUUAUCACAAGAACUGGAACGAUCAGCUAUACAACGGGGGCAACAUGGAUUUGUGGAUAUCCUAAAGUUAUACUUAUCGUCUGCACCAACGCAAGUGUCAAAUGCUCUGAAAGCUAUUAGAUCAAAUCAGCAAGCAACUCCUGGUGAUAUCAUGGUGUUAUACAAACUUUACAGCUCAGAUCAGCCACCUGCCAUACAACAUAUAAGAGAUUUUGAACUGAUUAAUAUUAUGCUCAAGACUGUGUUCGUACCAAAUUCUGGAACCUCACUCAAACCUGAAUUAAAGGAGAAGCUAUUGUACCUGAUUGCAUAUGCCACAACAAACAAGGAUACCAAUGAGAUUCAGAAACAAGAAAUCGAUCAAGUUUAUAAUAUUUUGAAAGAGUUACAGGUAGCUCUCAAUGAAAAAGCCAAAGGGGAAAAUAUGACUGGAGCUAUGAAAACUAUUCUGAAGGCUAUAAGUUUACCGAUUGGAUCUAUGGCAGUGUUGUUAUGGAUAGAAUACACAUCGAUUCACACACCUUAUUUUGAAACUUACUUUCGAUCAUCGGAGGUUCCUGUACUUCAUCUACUUUUGGACGAAAUUGCUUCACGACAUCCAUUACAACGACCUUUCGUGUUUGAAGUGAUCAAAACUUGUUUACGACAUCCUUAUCAAAAUUUUGCUCCCGAAAUUCUGAUGACAUUACAAAAGGCAUGGAUUGAUCGAUUAUUAUAUCUUGUCCAAGUACAUUAUACACUUCCAGUACUAAAGUUUAUCAAAAGUGCUGAAAGAGAAUUGGAUGAUAGUUUGACAGUCCACUUUGUACAAAAGGUGUUGCGAAUGGCCAAACCUCCUUAUUCUCUCGCAUUUGUUGAACAUUUGGCUGAUAUCUUGUUACCUAUUACAGAAAUGCUGGGAUUGAUUAAGAAUGUACCAAAAGCUGUGGUGGACUUUUUUGAUGAAGCAAGACAAGAAGAACAAAUAGUUAUUAGUGAAACUUUGGACAAAAAGAUAGCUAGUAUUUGUAGUUUGAAAUCAAAAACGAAAUAAAAAAAAUAAGGACAUUUAUGAAUGAAUCAAUUUUUUC